UGGUCCGCCGCGCAGAAGAGUGUGGAGUUGAGAGACAGCGGUACAGCUGGCAGUUGAAGAGCGACUUCCUUCCUCCGCUGGGGCACUAAUAUGGAGUCGGGGGGUUAUAAAUACGAGCAAAACAGCUUCUCAAACAAACAACCCUAUAGACUGCUGGGACUCGCAAGAACUUAAACGGACACAAUCGGGCGCAAACAUGAAUCAUGUUACAGGGCUGUUGGUCGGAGUGUUGGUUUUCCUAACGGGGGCAGCCGGCGGGAUCAAGCCGGAUAGCGGUUACUGCAUCGGGAACCAGUGUUUCAUGGUGUUCAGAGGCCCAUGCAGCUUCCAAAGUGCGCAAAAUGAAUGUAAAGACCAAGGCGGUCAUUUAAUGACAGUGCGCUCCUCGGUGUCACAUGAUAUUCUGUUCAUCUUGUUGGGAAACUUUACGGGCAAGUUCUGGAUCGGUUUACAUCGACUGAGCGGCUGCCCAGACGAUGCCGCGGCGCUGAAGGGCUUCCAGUGGGUGACCGAUGACGCCGAGAGCGACUUCUCCAACUGGCUACCAGCUUUUGACAGCAGCUGCUCCUCUCAUCGCUGCGUGUCAGUUUCCAAGGAAGAUGACUUUAAAUGGAUCCAGGAUCCAUGCGUGGAACUCGCGGCCGGGUUUCUCUGCGAGCAGAGCUUUAGUCAGCCGUGCAAAAGUCUGGCGGCUGCACCGAGAGAGUCCGUCACCUAUAUGACUCCGAUGGGUUUCGGGGGCGAAGAUGUGCUGUCACUGCCGCCUGGAAGCACCGCGGUCCGGAUGCCAUCUGAGACUAAAUACAUGUGUUUCUUGGAGAAGUGGCUGCCGGCGCCCUGGAGCUGCGAGAUUAUGGAAGGAGGCUGUGAAUAUAAAUGCGCAGUGGACCCCAACAACGUCCCGUCCUGCUACUGCCCGGCGGGACAAACCGUCAACCCGAAAAACAAAGUCACCUGCGAGGUGCACAUCGCAGACGACCCGUGCGCGGCCCUGCGCUGCCAGCACGCCUGCUACCAGAAGGGAGACUUGUACGCGUGCACGUGUGACCACGGCUUCCAGCUUGCCGCGGACGGCCGGUCGUGCGUGGACUUCAACGACUGCACCGACCAACGACAGUGUCCCGGGGAGAACUUCAGGUGCGUAAACACCCUCGGCGGGUUUCAGUGCGUCUGCAAGGUUGGAUACAAGGCGAGCGGCACGCUGUGCGUCGACGAGGACGAGUGCGUGUCCGCGCCGUGUGAACACGUGUGCACCAACACCGUUGGAAGCUACAAGUGCUCGUGUUAUGAUGGAUACAGAGUGACCCUGACGGAACCGAAUAAGUGCGAGCUUUACUGCGGGAAGGAGGAGUGCCCAGCGGAGUGCGACCCCAACGACAGCUCCCAGUGCUACUGUCCGGCGGGUUACGUCGCCGAGGAGAGAGGUCGCGACACGUUCUGCAUAGAUAUGGACGAGUGUUCCUCCUAUUUCUGCGACCAGGACUGUAAGAACACGUUUGGCGGCUACGUGUGCAUGUGCUCUUCUGGAUAUACACUCGUGGAUGGAUACAAGUGCGUAAAAAACGACGACGAGGAUGGGGACGGAGGUGUGGAGGGCUCCGGUAUGACCACAGCUCCAAACGUCCCCACGACGCUUUUUGUGCCUUUUCCGGGUCCAACAAAGAAGCCUUCGGGGGUGACAGUGGGAGGACUGGUGGGAAUUAUAGUUUGCACGGUGCUUUUCAUUGUGCUGCUGGUUUUUCUGGUUAAUUACAUCUUCAGCCGCAGAGGGAAGAUGCAGAGCAACGGUGCGCUCAAAGCUCCAGAGGGAGAAGCGCACGGCUUACAUCGAGUGAGCAGUGACGGUUCUUAAAAGAUCCACAAAAAACAAGUAUUAAGGACGACAUGUGAAUGUACUGACAGGACUCAAACAGAGCUGUGGUUUUCAGUGACAGUUUUGGAGGAUGCAGAUUUCACAGGAGAACAAUGAGGAGGACAGAUGUGUGGAGAUGCCACUAAGUCACUAUAAUCCACCAGAAAACAGAAAUAUUCAACAAAUACCACCCUUUCUUUUCUUGAAGGAAGGAUAUUCAUGCAAUGGAAGUCUGCUUUUACACAAUAGAUGCCAUUCAGUAAAAAAAAAAAAAAA